CCUUCCAGGUUGGUUCAGCCCGGGUCUACUCCGGGGUGGUGCUUAGCCGGCGCCAGACCGACCCUCGACUUCUAAGGGGUAGUGCUGUGCCUCUAGGCGCUUCCUCCCCGGCUACUUCGGCUUCUCCAGCGUCCUCGGCCUCCUUACCCUCCGCGGGCACCCGAGAACUCGGUGUAUGCUCCAGCCCUGACCCCGCUCGAGAUAUGUCUACCCCGGCUCGGCGGCGCCUCAUGAGAGACUUCAAGAGGUUGCAGGAGGAUCCUCCAGCCGGAGUCAGCGGGGCUCCGUCCGAGAACAACAUAAUGGUGUGGAACGCGGUCAUUUUUGGGCCCGAAGGGACCCCGUUUGAGGAUGGAACAUUUAAACUCACAAUAGAAUUCACUGAAGAAUAUCCAAAUAAACCACCUACGGUUAGAUUUGUCUCUAAGAUGUUUCAUCCGAAUGUCUAUGCAGAUGGUAGUAUAUGUCUGGACAUACUUCAGAACCGUUGGAGUCCAACCUAUGAUGUGUCUUCCAUUUUAACAUCCAUACAGUCUCUAUUGGAUGAGCCCAAUCCCAAUAGUCCAGCAAACAGCCAGGCCGCUCAGCUGUACCAGGAGAACAAGCGGGAAUAUGAAAAACGUGUUUCUGCGAUAGUAGAACAGAGCUGGCGUGAUUGUUGACCUGGGUGCAGCAAAAGGAGAGGCUGGGCAUAAGAAAAAUAUAUAUUGAUGUGUUUGUCACCGUCCUAAUCCUCAGUGUCAUUACAUUUACUUUAUUAAAAGCAAAAUAGCUAUUGUGCUGUU